AUGCGGAAGCAGCAGGGCGCGGAAACAGUAGGGCGCGGGGUGGGGCGGUGGUACGGGGAAAGGGCCGCGUGCAGCGCGGAGCAGUGGUUUCGGGGGAGUGAGGGAGCGGGGAAGGAGGCGCGGGAAAGAGGGAGGCGCGGGAAAGAGGGCGGCGCGGCGCGCGGAGGGGAGUGCACGGAGGUAAGUUGCGCGAGGAGGAGGGAGGCGCGCGGAGGGGGGAGGCGCGUGGGGAAGAGAGGCGCACCUGGGCACGGCUCGCAGGCGGAUGAAAGCGAGCUUGCGCGCAUCAUUCUCGAAUGUGCAUUCCACCAGAGCUUGCAGUUUCCCCACUUAGCACACCCGCCUGCAGCCAUGGCUCCUACCGUCGAUGAUGGUGGUGAAGCUGCUGACGAGCCACCUAAUGACGCUCCAGCGCGCACGGGCUUGGACUUCCUCCGACUGCUGCAUCAGAACCCGCCGCCCGUCUUCACUGCAGGACCGUCAUCGAUCAGCGGCGAAAAGCUCCCUCCUACCCGUCCACCUGGUUCACCAGGCGUUGAGCCAGAGAGUGCUCUCGCCACCGUUAGCAAAUCCGAGGUCGGCGAGUCUUCGUCUGCACCCGGGAAGAAGAAACGCCGAUUUGCGCAAACCCAUCUCCCGUUCGGCACGCCUCCUCCGAAGCCAACUCCACCUCAGGCGCCCGCCAAAGCUCCCCCCCGUGUUUCUCUUGAGCUCACCCAAGCCGAGAAGGCUGAGGCGAAGUUUGACAAGGCGCUGGAACUGUACAUCUCGCAGUGGCUUCCAAAGUUUGAUUGGCUGCUGCUUGAUAAGAACGAUGAAGGGUUGCCCGUCUUGCGAUGCAGCAUAUGUGUGGAGCAUGGGAAGGACGACGCUAAGUUUGGUCGCAACGGACCUGGGGGAAGAGAUAUGCAGCCCGGCUCUAUGCGGUCUCACGAGCUCAGCGUUAAGCACGACGAAGCGUUGAAGAAGCAGCGGACUCUAAUGGCCGAGAUUGAGAAGCAGAGACGGGUCGACGACUUCGCCAACGCUGACAAGGAAGGUGCGCGGCUCACUCGUCUCAUCCGUGCCGUCGAAUUCAUCUGCGACAAUGACGCUCCAAUCGCCAUGUUCGCUAAGCUCGUUGGGUUUAUGGCCGAAGAGGGAGUUGCUGACAUCCCGUUGAAAUCCUACGGGGUGUACAUUUCACAGUAA